AUGAAAGACUUCCUCGCCUUCACCAAGGCUUCUACGGAGGUCAAGACCGUCUUCUUCGGAUGCCGAGGAACUCCACUACAUCGAGUGGUUGCGGCUAUUGCUGGAAUUGGCUUCCUGCUGUUUGGUUACGACCAAGGAGUAAUGGGAGGUCUCCUCACUCUUCCUACUUUUAUCCAGGAGUUCCCUAGCAUGGACACUUCUGACCAUCUUCCUCCUGACGUCAAGACUCAUAACACAACCAUCCAGGGCACAGCUGUGGGCAUCUAUGAGAUUGGAUGCAUGCUUGGAGCAUUGUUUACAAUGUGGGCUGGCGAUAAACUUGGUCGACGGUACAUGAUCUUCUGGGGUUCCAUCAUCAUCACCAUUGGUGCCAUUCUCCAGUGUGCAGCUUACAGUCUGGCCCAGUUUAUUGUUGGCAGAGUCAUUGCCGGUAUCGGAAACGGCUUUAUCACUGCCACUGUCCCCAUGCUUCAAGCUGAGUGUGCUAGACCCGAACGUCGAGGAGCUCUGGUCAUGCUCGAAGGAGCUCUGGUUACAGGAGGCAUUGCUCUCUCGUACUGGAUUGACUUUGGCUUCUACUUUGUCAAGACCAAUGACGCCGACUGGCGAUUUCCCGUAGCAUUCCAGUGUGUCUUCUCUAUGUUCCUCACUUUCACUGUCAUGUCUCUUCCUGAAUCACCUAGAUGGCUGGUCAAGAAGGGACGUUACGAAGAAGCCGCGGGGGUUUUUGCAGCUUUGGAAGACGUGGCACUUGACGAUCCUUACGUAAUUGACCAGGUCACUAGAGUGAAAGAGUCCAUCAUCAUGGGACAACUUGCUCAGCAUGGUAUCGAAGGUGAAGAGGCGCAGCGAAAGAUGGCCGCGGGUGAAUGUCAAAUGGGAGACGAACUGCCAUUCUGGCAGCAAAUCAAAUUGCUCUUCACAUUUGGAAAGAAGAAACAUUUCCAUCGAACCAUGUUGGCUUACUGGAUUCAGGUCAUGCACCAGGUCUCAGGUAUCAACCUCAUCACUUACUACGCAGCUUAUAUUUACCAGACAUCCAUUGGUAUGAACGCCAUGAACUCGAGAAUUCUGGCAGCUUGCAACGGAACAGAAUACUUUUUGGCCUCUUGGGUGGCCUUCUACACAAUUGAGAGAUUUGGACGAAGAAAACUCAUGUUGUUUGGAACCAUCGGACAAGCAUGUACAAUGGCUAUCUUGACAGGCUGCGUGUACGCCUCUUCAACUCCAGCGGACGGAGGUCUCGGAAAUGAAGGCGCCGGAAUUGCCGCAGCAGUCUUUCUGUUUGUGUUCAACUCUUUCUUUGCUAUUGGAUGGCUGGGUAUGUCAUGGUUGUACCCUGCCGAAAUCACCUCCCUUGAAGUUCGGGCUCCCGCCAACGGUCUAGCGACCUCUGGAAACUGGGUCUUCAACUUCAUGGUGGUCAUGGUUACCCCCGUGGCCUUCAACUCCAUCAAAUGGAGGACAUACAUCAUCUUUGCUUGUAUCAACGCUGCUAUGAUCCCUACCAUCUAUUUCAUGUAUCCUGAAACCAUGGGCAAGUCUCUGGAAGAUAUCGACAUGAUUUUCGCUCUGUCCAACCCGAAGACCCCCUGGGAUGUGGUGGGUAUCUCGCGGCGAAUGCCUAGCAGUAUCGACAACGCUUCUCCUGCUCCAAUAAUUCUCGAGAAGCCUUCACAGGAAAAUCUCGAAUACGCUCCUUCAAUGAGCGAAGGUACUAUUAACAGCGUUCGAAUCGAGACAGCGUAG